CCCUAAACCAUCUGCCAACCAACACAUCGCCGACGCAAUCCUGUGAUUGCGGAUACUAAUAGCACAUUCAAUCUAGUUUCGUGCUCAAAAUGGAGGAGGUCUACAUGGGGGAAGAUUACAGCGAUGUUCCCUGGGAAACUGGAGAAACCAAGUCCCACUUUUCUCAGGCUUCAAGCUCCACCUCUCCAGUCCGAUCCAGCAUAUCACCAACGCUCACAACAUUUGCUCUAAAUGCUACGGAUGCGCUCAAAAUAACUGUGACGGACCCACAAAAGCAUGGCGAAGGUUCAGGAGCGUUUGUUACAUAUGCAGUUAAUACGAGAACGAUCUUGGAUACAUAUCCACGGCCGGAAAUGUCAACCCGAAGACGUUUCCAGGACUUCGUAUGGCUGCACCGCAGUUUAGGGGAGGAAUAUCCCGCCUGUAUUGUUCCACCACUCCCGGGCAAACAUCGAAUGGAGUACAUAACAGGUGAUCGCUUUAGCCCCGAGUUCAUAGAGAAGCGACGGCUGUCUUUGCAAACAUAUCUUGAUCGAGUAUCAAGGCAUCCCACAUUACAGCGAAGUGCGGUACUGAAGAAGUUUCUGGAUACUGGUGAUUUGCAAAUUGUAGAAGCAGCCUCGCGAAAUCGUGAUAGCCACGUCCUCGAGAAUAUCAGCGAUGUGUUUUUGAACGCAUUUGCCAAAGUCCGAAAGCCCGAUCAACAGUUCCUAGAGUUCAAGGAGAAUGUCGAAAAAUUUGAAGAGAACCUCACCACAGUCGAGAAGCUUCACACCAAGCUGCUCAAGCAGCACGCUGACCUGGAACGGGAUACAGCAGAGUUCGAAGGAUGUAUAACAACGCUUGGAGUCAUGGAGACCCAAGUAACGGGGCCGCUAACGGAGUUCGGAAAUACUGUGCGGGAGAUAUGUACCCUGUUGAAAGAUAAGUCUCAAAGGGAAGAGGUAGACUUUGUUGGAAGUCUUAGGGAGUACAUUGCGUACUGUCAUUCCGUAAAGGAAGUCCUGAAAUUGAGGGACCAAAAGCAGGUGGAUCAUGAAGAACUCCAAACCUACCUAGAAAAUAGCGUUUCCGAUCGAGAGCGAACCAUGUCGGGGCGCGGCAGCGGAGGAAUAACGUCAUUUAUAAAAGAAAAAUAUAAUGAUUUUAGAAAUAUCAAUCACGAGCAGGCGAGACAGGCCAAACUGGCGAGACUCGAGGCGAAAAUUGCAGAGCUAACCGAAGCUGUAGAGCAGAGUCACGAUAUAUCUACAGCAUUUUCGAACGAGGUAGCAAAGGAACUGGAACUCUUCCAAUCUGUCAAAGUCGCGGAUUUUAAAGACAUUUUGCGCGACUAUACUGAGAGCCAAAUGGAAUAUUUCCAAAAGGGGUUAAGAGUUUGGGAAGAUAUCAUCCCAGUCCUCCAGAAUAUCGAGAUCGAGGAACCUGCUGCUGAAUAAUAUAGUCGGCAAAUUAAUGUGUAAUGGAUGGGUUGGCACUAGCAGCAAUCCAUGUAAAUAGUUAUUUGCUUUUUUUGUAAGGAGAUUGCUGCAUCGUAAUCCUUUUUCAUUGAAUAUCUCAUCUCUAAAACAUGA